AGAAGUUGCAGUACGUCAAUUGUUCCAAAUAUUGAUAACAAAAAUAAACAUUUUAAGUAUAAACCGAUAAACCGUAAAGGCAUCAUCAAGUCCAUCUAUAGCUCGAUGCUUUAAAUAAUUACUUACUAGAAAAAUCGAGUUGAAUUGCAGUUAGUCAAUUGUUAAAUUUUAUAUGCUGUCGGCGAAGCGGAGCUUCAGCGAGUCGAAAUAAACAACAACAAAAAGCCGUCAAAAUGUCUAGCAACACUUCUAACGAUAAUUCAAAUGCAAUUUUACAAGACGAAGAGGACGUGGUUCUUGAAGGAAGCGCGUUACAUCAAGCAUUGACGAGCUUGGGAUAUAACAAUUUUGAUUACAUACCUAGAUAUAGGGCGGAAUGUUCGACGAUUGAGAGCGAUUCGCAAAAUCCAGAAACUUAUGAAUCUAAUUGGUAUCAAAAUCGAAGUUCUGUUUGGCAGUAUUUUUUUCAAGAUGAUAAAUUGAAAAUGAGGUAUCUAGAAAUAAUUGCAAAUUCAAAUGUAUUGUUAGAUGAUCAUGCGCUUGCUAUACAAGGAUUUUUCAGAGAUCCUUCUCCUUCCGUUUAUAAGCAAGUAGAAUCCAACUAA